AUGGAGAGUCAGUUGGUAUAUGCUGAUUUAAACUUACCCAGGAAUUCUGGCAUUGAAAGGUCAUCACCCCCAUCUCUUCUUCAGAAUCAUUGUCAGGGUCCACAUUGGCAUAACUUUGCCCUGAAAUUUGGUUGUGCUGUGAUUGUACUUCUUGCCUUGACUGUGAUUGGAAUGAGUGUUUCAGUGAUAUUCAUAAGACAAAACACAUCAAUAGAAAAAACCAGCAUGGAUGCUCAAGAGAACAGGAAGGAAGCAACAGAGAGACCAGUUCUGUUAACGUGCCCAAUGCACUGGCAAAAAAUCCAAAAUAAAUGUUUGUAUUUUCAUGAAACUUCCAAACCUUGGAGUGAUAGUCUAGCUGACUGUUCCACAAGAGAAUCCAGCCUACUGCUUAUUCAAGAUCAGGAAGAAUUGAGACUCAUACAAAACCUGAUAAACAAAAAAGCAAUUCUCUUUUGGAUUGGAUUAAAUCUUACAUUAUCAGAGAAGAACUGGAAGUGGAUAAAUGGAUCCUUUUUAAAUUCUAAUAUAUUACACGUUUUUGGUGAUGCUAAAGAAGACAGCUGCGUUUUCAUAUCAAGCACACAAUUUAAUUCUGCUACCUGUGCUGCAGGAAAUAGAUGGAUUUGCCAAAAAGAACUAAAACCUGUCAGAAAUAAAGUCAUAUAUUCUUUCAGUUGA